AUGAAACUGCAGCUCAUGGUACACGCCAAACCAAAGAAAAGUGACGUGGCCAUCGUGAAGUGGCUGUACCUUGCUCAUGCGGCAGGUGCAACCACCUCUACGGUGCCUAUGAUGAUUGCCCGCUUACUCGCCAGGGGUCGUCUACGUUGUAAGGCUCUGACUCAGCGGCACUUCCAAACUGACGAGCCGCUGCCACAGCCCCUGGUGCGCUACCGCCGUCUGCCCGACCCCCACUGGCAUGGGCUGGUGCCUCUCAUCAUGUUGGGUCGGGGCUACGCUGCUGUCCAAAAGCCUACCGGACUUCUGUGGGUGCCUGCACGGGGCAAAGAUCAGGUUUGGCCUCCCUCCUCCCCUCCCCGGUCUUUGGAAUUCAGCGCCGACCCCGAGAGAGCCCCUCGUGAGACGAUGUGGUCCAGGCGAGCCAGCGCGUUGGGCUGCUGGUUCCUCUUGCUCCAGAUGGCGCAUGGAGCGACAGGUGGAUGCCCCUGCAACCCGAAGUAUUUUGGCCGCGACUCCAUGGUGUGCGUGUGUAACAGCACCUACUGCGACACCCACGACCCCGUCUCCCUCCCACCUGUCGGUUUCUUCAUCAAGUACGAGAGCAGCAAGAGUGGAAAGCGGCUGGUGCAGAGCCAAGGAAUGUUUCACAACAGGACGUACAUGCCAGAUAUUGUCCUGGUUCUGGACACAACGCAGCGGUACCAGAGAGUGAAGGGGUUUGGCGGUUCCGUCACUGACGCGGCCUCCAUAAACAUCCUCUCCCUAACGCCGGACACCCAGAACAAUUUGCUCCGUUCCUACUUCGCAGAGGACGGGAUCGAGUACAACAUGAUACGGGUGCCCAUGGCCAGCUGCGACUUUUCCACGCGGGUGUACACGUACGAUGACUGGCCUUAUGACUACGAGCUGAAAAACUUCAGCUUGGUGGAGGAGGACAUCAAGAUGAAAAUCCCCAUUAUCCAUCGUGCCAAAGCCAUGUCUAAGAAACCCAUCUCCAUGAUAGCCAGCCCGUGGACUUCCCCAGUGUGGAUGAAAACCAACAAAGACUGGGCUGGGAAAGGGUCUCUGACAGGGGAGGCAGGUGACAAAGUUCACAAGACGUGGGCCAACUAUUUUAUCAGAUUUCUCGACGAGUAUGCCAAGCGCAAGCUGACCUUCUGGGCGGUAACGGCCGAGAACGAGCCUACCUCCGGCUUGCUUGUCAGUUAUCCCUUCCAGUGCUUGGGGUUCACCCCUGAACAGCAGCGGGACUUCAUCGCCCUUGACCUGGGCCCCGCCCUGGCGAACAGCUCUCACAAGGAUAUCCGCCUCAUCAUAUUGGACGACAACCGAGUGAAUCUGCCUCACUGGGCGAAGGUGGUGCUGAGCGAGGAUAGCGAGGCUCACCGCUACAUCCAUGGAAUCGGUAUUCACUGGUACCUGGACUUAAUCGCUCCCAUCACCGACACCCUGGACAUCACCAUUAAGCUUUUCCCCGACUACUUCCUUCUCUCCACCGAGGCCUGUUGCGGCUCGCAGUUCUGGGAGAGGGACGUAGUCCUCGGAAGCUGGGACCGGGGCAACCAGUACAGCCGGAGCAUCCUGGCGAACCUUAACCACAAUGUCAUAGGCUGGAUCGACUGGAACCUGGCCCUGGACUUGGAAGGGGGCCCCAACUGGGUCAAAAACUACGUGGACAGCCCAAUCAUUGUCGAUGUGGCCAGCGACACUUUCUACAAGCAGCCCAUGUUCUACCACAUGGCACACUUUAGCAAGUUUAUUCCAGAGGGCUCUCAGCACAUUGGUGUGAACGUCAUACAAAAAUGUGGCUUCUGCAAUCUGGAGCACGUGGCCCUGAUCCGCCCCGACGGAGCUGCUGUGGUUGUCGUCCUCAAUCGGUCUUCGAGGAGUGUUAUCUUUGGACUUUCCGAUACGCCGGGCCUGAUAGUGUCCGAAAUCCCUGCCAAUUCCAUCCAGACGUACCUGUGGAGGCGUGGGUGA